AUGCGUGCAGAUAUUCUGGCCACUGGGCCUCCGCCCCUCUGGGAAGAGAAACCACCUCAAACUGAUCUCUACGCAGGCGCAGCAGUCUUCUCGCAACGGGACAAGGAGAACCGCCACCGGAAGCGCAGCCACAGCCGCUCUCGCAGCCGGGACCGCAAGAGGAGGAGCCGCAGCCGGGACCGCCGCAACCGGGACCAGCGCAGCGCCUCCAGGGACAGGCGGCGGCGCAGCAAACCUUUGACCAGAGGCGCUAAAGAGGAGCAUGGUGGACUGAUCCGCUCCCCUCGCCAUGAGAAGAAGAAGAAGGUUCGGAAGUACUGGGACGUGCCCCCGCCUGGCUUCGAGCACAUCACGCCCAUGCAGUACAAGGCCAUGCAAGCUGCGGGUCAGAUCCCGGCCACUGCCCUGCUUCCCACCAUGACCCCCGAUGGCCUGGCUGUGACCCCAACACCGGUGCCUGUGGUCGGCAGCCAGAUGACCAGACAGGCCCGACGCCUUUAUGUGGGAAACAUCCCCUUUGGCAUCACUGAGGAGGCCAUGAUGGACUUCUUCAACGCCCAGAUGCGCUUGGGCGGCCUGACACAGGCCCCUGGAAACCCAGUCCUGGCUGUGCAGAUCAACCAGGACAAGAACUUUGCAUUUCUGGAGUUCCGCUCAGUGGAUGAGACCACCCAGGCCAUGGCCUUCGACGGCAUCAUCUUCCAGGGUCAGUCGCUGAAGAUCCGCAGACCACAUGACUACCAGCCUCUGCCUGGCAUGUCGGAGAACCCCUCCGUCUAUGUGCCCGGCCUGGCCGGUGGACUGUACAGUGACGGCUCGGCACGCUCUGUCCUUCCAGGGCCAGGAGUUGUGUCCACUGUGGUCCCUGACUCUGCCCACAAGCUUUUCAUCGGGGGCUUACCCAACUACCUGAAUGACGACCAGGUGAAGGAGCUACUGACAUCAUUUGGGCCCCUUAAAGCGUUCAACCUGGUUAAAGACAGCGCCACAGGGCUCUCCAAGGGCUAUGCCUUCUGUGAGUACGUGGACAUCAACGUCACGGACCAGGCCAUUGCUGGGUUGAACGGUAUGCAGCUAGGUGACAAGAAGCUGCUGGUCCAGCGGGCGAGUGUGGGCGCCAAGAAUGCCACGCUGGUGAGCCCCCCGAGCACCAUCAACCAGACGCCCGUGACCCUGCAAGUCCCCGGGCUCAUGAGCUCCCAGGUGCAGAUGGGCGGCCACCCUACUGAGGUGCUGUGCCUCAUGAACAUGGUGCUGCCUGAGGAGCUGCUGGACGACGAGGAGUACGAGGAGAUCGUGGAGGACGUGCGUGAUGAGUGCAGCAAGUAUGGCCUGGUCAAGUCCAUCGAGAUCCCCCGGCCCGUGGAUGGCGUCGAGGUGCCCGGCUGCGGAAAGAUCUUUGUGGAGUUCACCUCCGUGUUUGACUGUCAGAAAGCCAUGCAGGGCCUGACUGGCCGUAAGUUCGCCAACCGAGUGGUCGUCACCAAGUACUGUGACCCGGACUCCUACCACCGCCGGGACUUCUGGUAGAGACAGGCGGCGCACAGCUCGGCGUGCGGGGCGGCGGGCUGGGCCUAGGGGCCGGUCUCUGCUGCCCCGCAGAAGACCCGACAGACAAAACUUGGGGAGAGGAGCAGCAACGAAGCAACUGGAAUGGCAGCGAUGGGGGGCGGGGUGGGGGAGGGAGCGGGCAGUGGUCAAGAGUGGCCGAGGGCACAUGGCGGGUUAGGACCCCACGCCCCUCCCCCUCAGCUGCCCCUUGCUCCCACCCCGCCCAUGGUAGGAACAUAGCGUGUUUAUAUUUUAUGGCCAAACGAUUUUGAAUUUUGUUGCCUGGCCCCCGGUGCGCCCCCAACCCCCCAGGACCACAGCUCCUGCCCCGCGACCUCGCCCUCCUCCUCCCCAAGCCCCGGUUUCUUAAACGUAGUUGACCCCUUUAGUCUCCCAGACCUGUGCCCGCCUCGUGCCCCGGCCCCUGUGGCAAUUUCAUAUUUGCUAAGACGAAUUUGCUCAUUAAACAUUUUGUUGUAUUUUA